AUGUACAAUAGCUACCAUCCCUAUUCGACUUAUGCGUCGUCGACAUCCGGCCAGAACGGCUCCGGAAACAAUCAGAAUCCCGUAUCCAAUACAAUGAUAGGUGUUAAUACAGAGAGAAACAAAUCGAUUCCACCUCCGCAACAUCUUCAGCAAUCGUCUGCUUCUUUUUUUGCAAGAUCCUCUCAGAGCCCAGUUCCUCCGGUAGGUGGAGUUUCUGGUUCAGUUGCUGCUGCUGCUGCUGCCGCUGCUCAAACUCACCACAACCAUCAUCGUGGGAUGAUAUCUCACUCUGGAGUCAGUUCCGCUGCGCUGUUGAAUUAUCCGCAUAAUGUUAGUGCCACAGCUCCUCCACCUAUACACCAACUUUCGCAGCAACAACAAGCACAACAGCAACAAGCUCAACAACAGUAUCAACAGCCCCAGUACCAACAGAUUCAACUACAGCAACAACAAUUACAGCAGCAACAACAACAAUUACAACAGCAACAACAACAACAGCAACAACAACAGCAGAUGCACCACUCACAAAUCGUUGCCAACCAGUACCAGCAGCAUUCGCCUCAAAGCCAGCAUCUGCAGAUUUACCAAGCGCAGAUGCAAUCUCCUAAAUAUGAACAACUGAUAGAUCAGGCACAGUUUCACUACCAGCUUCAGCAGCAACAAUUGCAGCAACAACAAUACCAACAGCUUCAGCAAUACCAACAGCAGCAACAACAACAGCAACAAUUAGCUGAACAACAGGCACAGCGCAGAGCUCAACUCCAAGCGCAAGUUCAGGCACAACAACAGCAGCAACAGCAACAGCAACAAUCACAGCAUUCGCCCCAGCUCAACAUGCAAGAAUUGGAACAGCCGAAGAAGCAGGCCAAGCCCAAGCUGAAAAAGCUAACCAAAAAACAACAACAGGAGCAGUUGCAGCAGUUGCAGCAAGAAGAGAGAAGAAGGCAGGAAGAGCAAAUGCAGCUUCAAUUGGAAGUACAAGCACAUGCCAGAGCCCAUGCACAAGCACAAGUUCAAGCACAAGCUCAUGCACAAGCCAGGGCCCAAGCACAGGCACAGGCUCAAGCACAGGCACAGGCCCAAGCACAGAUUCUGGCUCAGACUAGAGUACAAACUCCUCCUCCUCUUACGGACCAAAAAAAGAAAAGAGGUCGCCCCAAGAAGCUUAUUCUUGACCCUUCGACGAAUGAGUAUAUCAACUCCUCGCAUCCCAACUUCAAGCAGCUUAACAAGGUUCUUAAAGAGUCGAACUCCACUGUGGCCUUGCUCAAUGGCAAGUACAAGAAAGGGCAACACCCUACCGAAGAAGACGAAGCCCUUGCAGCUGGCUUAAAUAAGUUGUACCAACAGCCUACAUACUUGCGUAAUUUGGAAGACGAUGCUGUAAAGCAAUUGCUCCAAAGAAAGGAUAAGAGAGGUCGACCCAGAAAGUUUCCUGUGGAACAGACGGGUAUCACCAUAAAGGGUAUUCGUGUCAACGGGAACCUCAAACACCGUGUGCAAAAGAAGUCUUCGCAGCUGUAGAUAAAAUCAGUGAGAUCAGCCAAUAGUCAACUGUGCUAGGCUUAUAUUAAUUAUGUUUCUAUUAAUUGUAUUAUAUUAACCAAAUAUAUUAGUGUACCAUUAGAAAGAAGAAA